CGCCCAGGUCCAGGCUUACGUAAACGGUCCAAAGUUCCGCCUCUUAUUUUUCUGUUCUCAACCGCCAAAAAACAAGCAAGAGAGCCUCUAAUUAUUCUCAAUGCCUAAUUGCUAUUGAUUUCAUUGUUGCAUUAUAGGGUGAAAGAAGUUCAAAUUGGAACACGAUUUCCAGUUUAUCAAUGGUGAACUGCCUUAACGAGAACUGCGUUAACUUGUUUAAAUCAAUCGGAUAAAAGGAGGAAACGGACAAUGUUUUUCAACGAUUUGAUUCAACGGAGACUUGUGUCUCUGUUACAGCCAUGGUUAAGAGACGAAGUUGAAUUGGAUGUUCAGCUAGGGUUUCUUCAUUCUCACGCCAAGUUAGAGAACCUUAGCUUUAACACGUCUGCACUCAACGAGUUGCUGGAUGAUCCUACUCGCUUGUGUUUCAAAGAAGUCACUGUCCGACAGUUGAGCCUUCAUGUAUCCAACUGGUCAGCACCUGCAUUCGAUUUCCAAAUCCAUGGCCUUAACAUCGUUUUAUCAGUCGGAGAAGAGGAGGAGGAUGGUGUUAGGUGGAAGCCGAAGCCCAGAGAUUCGACCAUUGAGGAGCGGAAAAAGAUUCUAGCCGAGCUUGAUACCGAGGGUAGUGCUUUGCACAAUGCCAUGAAGACUAUUUCAGAAAUUACUCCAGGAAGUUGGACCACUUAUUUAUUUGAUUGGAUACUACAACAUUGUCGGUUGCAAGUGCAUGAUGCUCAUGUUAUUGUGCAGUCAACUUUAUCAAAUGAUAUAUGGUCACUAUCGUUUGAGAUGAAGGAACUUGGUGUACAAUGUAAACUCAUUAAGGGGUGUCUCCUAACUGGACUGGUUAGUUCAACUUUUCUACCUUCUGGAGAGAACUCCUUUGACCUCAAUGUUCAACAUGUUGAGAUCAACUUGAGGAGAAGAAGUUACUUUAGCUGCAUUUUGCCUUCAACUGAUUUGCUAGCUUCUGCAAAAGUGAAAUAUCUUCAGUUCAGAGAAUUGAACUUUUAUGCUGCUUCAUUAAAUUUUUCUUUAUCUCCAGAAGAUAUUACCAUCCUAUUUGUACUUUUUUCAUUGUGGUCGAAAGAAUCCAAGCGUGCCAGAACUGGUAAGCAACUAUGGGAAAUAGCAGCAACAAAAAUUUGUUCUUUGACUUCAACUCCAAAGUUUGCAUUCCAUAAAAUUGCUAGCACCGUGUGCUUAUGGUUGCGCUAUGUACAUGCUUAUGAGAAAAUGCUUUUACUGGUUGGAUAUCCGGUUGAUGAUGUGAUAAAGAAAUCCACUACUGCUAUUGUUCAGAGCAAAGCAUAUUCAAGAACUUUUAAGCAACAGUGGGAGGUUAUUUCUCAAAUUGAGAACGAACUACCUGUUGAGGCCAUUGUGCAGGCACGAAGAAUAGUCCGUGGUAGAGCAGCAUCAUCUGGUCAACAGUCAAAGGAUGGUGGUCACGAAUCUAGGAUAAGCAGGAUUUGUUGGAAAAUUUGUCAGUCACUUUCCCUUAUAUGGAUUGUCAUUAGCAGUGCGCUCCAUUCUGUUAAAUGCUUUUUCCUCUUGAAGAAACUGCUGGUCAGGAACCGAGAUAUCUGUCAAAAACUUGGCGCCAUAAAUGAAGAUUCCAUCCUAGGAAGUCACAUUUGCCUAUAUGUCAGGGAAUUUUCCAUUUUAAUUUCACCAGAUAUUGAAGUUUAUCCAUCCUUUAGUAGGAAGCUGCUAUCAGAUGUUGGGCUUUCAUACCCUGGUUUAGUCAGAUUCUGUCUCUCCAUUGAUUUCUUCUGCUUAAGGCACUCUGAAGAUGUCUCUGAACAGUAUUUUUCCUUUGCAUGUGGAUCCUUGAAGGUUGUCUCUUCUUAUCUUACGGAAGAUAAGACCAAUAAGUUCAAUAAUAACUUCAAAGGACGUCGGAGAAAAAAUGUUCACAAUCUGCAACCUACUUUAUGGAGUGAGCCUAACCAAAUUCUCCACUCCACUGAAAGUGGUGGGGCUAAUCCUCCUCGUGGUACUGAUGGAGAUUUUGUACAUACCCCGAAAUCUCUUAUAGAACAAGCAUGCCUGAAUUGGAAAAAAUAUUCAUCAAGGUUUGGAGAAAAUGAGAUCCAGAACAUGGAGGAUCCUUUUAUUCUUUGUGAGAUUAAGAGCUUUUUGACUGAUCAAAGCCUCAAGAACCUUACUGCUGGAUACACUACUUGUUGCAUGGUAAUGGGGACGUUGAAUUUGGUUCUGGAUUAUUUAGUAAUAGUGUCAAUUACAGUUAUUUGCAGACAGAUAAGUGCGAUACCUUGGACUACUAGCCGCAUGGGGAGCACUGUCGUACAGGGGGUUUCUGGAUUAGUUGAGGAUCCGCCAGUUGCAGAUUGGAAUAGCAAUUACAAACCAUUUUCUUCUGGAAUUAAGGUUAAGGUGCCUAGACUUCUUCCCGAGAAACAUAUGCAAAUAGCGGUACACAUUGCUGGUCCACGAAUCAAGCUGACAUUGAGAAAGGAGGAUUUUCAUGGUGCGGAUGCAGAUCUGUAUCUUAAGCUUGGGAAUGACGUACGCCUUUCUUUUGAUGCUGACGAUAUUGAACUAGGCGUCUCACCAAGUUUGGAGUCUGAUUUGACUUCCUCAAGUGGAGAUACUGCAGUUUUUGAUGCAAAACCGUUGAAGGACCUUCAGCAGAUGGAUAUUGCUAAAUCAAAUGGUGAAGUUAAUAGCAGUCGAGGGUGCACUUCACUUUGUGCCUACAUGGAACUUAAAGGUCUGAAAGUUUCCCUCGACAAGUUAUGGGAUAAUCAGGGUGUCCAAAUUGUUGUUUUAAAUCCUUUAACUAUGCAACUGUUAUCUUUGAGGAAGGAUCUGCAUUCUUUGGGCUCAAUAGAUAUUGCUUUCUCUGUAGCAUUACAUUGCACGAGUACUGGAUUGACGACACUGGUAUUUAUGGAUGAAUGUGCAGUUCUGCUAAAGGUAAUUUCUAGUUUACUGUGUACAGUUGUUCAGGUUUUCAAUACGACCAGUUUAGGUCUUGGCCAAAGUUAUGAAGACUUAUUAAGGCGAGAGUCUGCUGACUCUGAAAGUGAAAGAGCACUCAAAAAUAGAAUCACACUAGUAGCUUCAGCUCUUACUGAUACUACAUUCAAUGUCAGUACGACAUGUGAACUUAGAUCAGUGAAUAUGAUCCUUUACGACUCCAGGAAAGGAUAUAUUUCACAUGAUAAUGUGGCAGAUGGUAAUACUAUAGCUGACAGGAAGUCGACAGUGCAACCAGUCCGUGGUUAUGGAGUUAAUGUAUCUCUUGCACAUUCAUAUAUCAGGUUCUCUUUUGAAGAGGAAAAAGCUGAAGUUCUCAUUGGUUUUUCUGAUUUUGAAUCUGAUAUAUUCCGAUAUCCGAAUGAGAUUGUAGAUACUUCUGAUCAAGUUAAACCACAGUUGAUUUGGUCUCUCAAUUCCUUAUAUCAAGCUUCAUUGUCUCAUUGUAAAAUUAGUUUAAGUUUGAGAACCUUAGGGGACAAUAUUAUGCAGGCCAGUCAGAGAAAUGUAGUGGAUGGUUCUGAGUCCUCCAUACAUGAUGCUUCAAUGUCCUUGAAUCAUUCACCUUCGUUGAUAAAUGAUGUAAAUCCUUCUUUCGAUUGGUUAACUAUAAGAAUUUCUUUAGGUGAAGUGUACCUAGCCAGAUGUGCAGUAAAGAACUUAUUGCUUCGAGGCAACGAACUAAAGACGCUUGAAGCAUUUGUUUCUGUUGGUGGACAAUUUCAGACAAUCUCCUGUCAGUCACAGGGGGGUUCUAUCAUUGUUGAGAUAGCUUCUUUGGUGACAAUGGUUGAAUGCUACGCAUUCUACUGUAAUCAGUUGGAAGGCCAUUGGCCAGCUGUGACAGAACAUCUAGUUAUUCAGAAUGAUGAGGAUACUAGUCUACUGAGGAGUUCUUCCAACCAACAGUUGGAGCAACAUAAACUAGUUAAUUGGAACCAGGUGGAAGCAUUUGCCAUGAAUAUUUCACAGGUUUCUCUGGCAUUGGUGGAUGGAGAUAAAUCUGGUGAAUUUCAGAAGCUUCGGCUUGAAGGUAACGGCAACCUUAAGCUUGAACUACCAAGGAAAUUCUCAUUUGGCAUAACGAACUUGUCAAUUCUUUCUCAGUUACUCCAUAUAUCUACUGAACAACAAAGCCUAGACACAAGAACUCCUUUCCCUUCUUCUUCCAUAUCUGAUGAUCAAUCUUCCAUCAUUGUACAUGAUGACACGUUAAUUGCUCCCGAUCAUUUGGGUGAAGCUAAUUCUAUCAUGAAUGAAGCAAGUAGCUCAAGCCCCCCAGAACUAGGAAAUCAAUAUCAUGCAGAUGGUUCAAGUAAACCUUGCAGGGGUGGUUCAAAUUCUCAAAUUUCACUUGCUACUCCUCAAAAUUAUAUUUUAAAAGACUUAAAUAUUAUUCUGGUGGCUGAGCAGCCUCUCAAAAGCAGCGGGAGUAUUCCUUUGCAGUCAAAUGACUUUUGGGUUGGCAGUGGUUCUAUAUCUGGUUUCGACAUGACUCUCUCUCUGCGUGAAAUACAGAUUAUAAUUUUUGCUGGGGAAUCUUUAUCAGCCAUAUUUAGCAUAGAAGCAACCAAAAGCAUAGAGCAAACACAUCAGAAGAACAGCGGAGAAUCUUCUGGAUGUCUGGAGGAAAUGGUUCCUGAUGGAACAAUUGUUUCUAUCAAAGAUGUCGACCAACAUAUGUAUGUUGCAGUUGAUAGGGCAGAAAGUGGCUACAAUUUAGUUGGUGCGAUCCACUAUUCGCUUGUGGGAGAGAGGGCUUUGUUCAGGGUAUGUUCAGCUUUGAUUCAUUAUGUGUGCUUUGCCAUAUUGAAGGGACUAGAGCUUUGUGAGGUGUUUAGUUGAAUCUCCAAAAGCAUU